AUGCUGUACAUAUCGUCACCCCUAGCUCUGUCACUCGCGACCCUACUCGCUCUCACCCAUGCCAAAGAAUGUGGACGACCCUCGAGAUCCAUCGCCUUGGACCAGCGGCCCAUGACCUCAGGCUUUAGGCCUCCUCGCUCCUCCAAUUUCGCGCCUGCGUCUUCCAACUCCGCCCGUGGCCGGCCCUCAUCCGUCGACUCCGGAGCGUCGACGACCUCUUCUACGGCUCCUCGAUCUUCAUCAUCACCAUCAUCAUCAUCAUCCACGACGUCGCCUCCCCCUCCGUCAUGCGAUUGCGGCUAUAUUCUGUCCACUUAUGGAGACGCCUACUUCCCCUAUCACAGAUCUAUCAACUUUGAAGCUCUCCCCUCCGGCAUCUUGUCUUCUGCGAAUGCACUCAAUGACCUCGGUCUCACCAUCUUCGAUGGACAAGCGAUGGGAGGUACAGGACCCGACGGGACCCGAUCGGUCUGUGAUCUUCAGAACCUCGCUAUUGAUACAGACAAAGCUCUGACAUUUACUGUGCCUGGUGGUCAACCAGCCGGAGGCCAGAUCAGCGCAGCGGAAGUCUAUAGCUCGGACGAAUUCCUCCACGGGGUCUUCAUGGGAAGCAUGAAGUUUGACCAGACUCCCGGGACAUGUCAAUCCAUGUUCACUUAUCAAGCUGGUACCGGGAAUGACGAGCAGGAUAUCGAAGUCAUCGGUCAGACAAUCUUUGAUCGAGGUGAUAAUGGAACGCCGGCAGGAGUUCAGCUCACCAAUUGGGAUCCCAACGACUCAUCCAAUACCGUCAAUGAUAACGUCAUCUUGCCGUUUCCUGAAGACCCCACGACUAGCUACCACAAUUACACCAUCGCGUGGUUGCCUUCGGGUACAAAGUACUAUUUUGAUGGUGGGCCUCUAGACUCGCCGACCAAAUACACAUCAAUCAACCCCUCAAAGCUCAUCUUUAACCAUUGGACGAAUGGAGAUAAGGGUUUCACAGCUGGUCCCCCCACUCAGGAUGUCGUCUUUAAGGUCCGGGCGCUUGACUGGUACUAUGCCACUCCCGGUCAGCAGGACGUGCUUGCGGGCUGCACCAUGGACCAGGCAUGUAGGGUCUAG